AUGGCCCCCGAGUACGAAACAACCUUUAGCCGCACUCUUCCCUUCACAACCCAUAAAAUUCCCCAAGAGCUGGUAAAGAAUGAACAAGAGUUCUACAAAGCUCUCUGCGACAAAUUCGGCGCCUGGACAUGGGUAUGCGAGAAGAAAGAGGGGAAUUAUGUAGUUGAAAUGAAUAAGGAGGCGCCGGAAGACUUGAAGAAGGAUCUGCAGGAGGAGGGCGUCUUGAAGGGUGAUGAGCACCUGGUCCAAGCCGCUUCUUGA